UUUGUGGUCUCUCUUACAGAAAGAGGACAAAGAUGCCCAAGCACAGAAGACGAGAAGGACUCUGAGGCCCCCUACUAUGUUGAAACUCCUUAUGGUUAUCAGUUAGACCUGGACUUCCUCAAGUAUGUUGACGACAUCGAGAGGGGCAACACUAUUAAGAAGCUGAGUAUCCAGAGGAAGCCCAAAGUGGCCAAACCCUCGGUGGUGCCUCGGGGCAGCACUGGCGGGGUCGGCGCUCAGGCUGAAUGGACCUCCACAGACUCGCUGUCCUCCAACAGUGACGGCAAACAGUCCCCGGUCUUCUUCACCAACAGGGCUGCUGCCCCGCUGACCCCCACCCUCUCCAGGGCAGCCUGUGAGGUGCCUCUGCAUCAGCCGUGUUCAAGCGUCGCAGAGCAGAAACAGCUCCUCCCCCCGCCGUCGCCCAGGUUUGCCCCUCGGCACAACCCCCAAGUGGAGAAGACCCUCAUGGAGACCCGCCGUCGGCUGGAGCAGGAGCGUGCGCUUCUGCAGCCGCUAAGCGAGCCUCCGAUGCCCCGCCGGCGUCUCGCCAGCUUCGGUGGUAUGGGCUCCAGCAGCUCGCUGUCCUCCUACUCUGGCUCCAUAGGCACAAGCCAGAUCUCUCCCAACACCUAUCAGACUCUGCCCAUCAACGGUCAUCUCCCUAAUGGAGAGUAUAACGCCUAUUACCCACCAUCCAGGGGCAGCUCCAUCCGCCACAGCCCCAUGAGCUCUGGCGUGGCUACCCCGGUAACUAACGUCAGUCCGUUGCACCUGCAGCAAAUCCGGGAGCAGAUGGUCGUGGCGCUCAAGAGGCUGAAAGAGCUGGAAGAGCAGGUGAAAACCAUUCCCAUCCUGCAGGUGAAGAUUGCCGUUCUGCAGGAGGAGAAAAGACAGUUGGCUGCUCAAUCAAAAGGUCAAGGUCUUGGCGGCUUCCGCAAACGUUCCUACAGUGUAGGCUGCGCUGACCAAAUGGAAAACCCGGGCCCCAUCCAAAAG